AUGGACAUUUCCGAACUUUGCAUCCCUGAUCCUCUCAGCUAUCAUAACCAGGCCUCCUGGUCCCAUUCAUUAGGCCGAUUACUCAGCCCACUGGCCUCACUGGAACCCUCUCACUACUGGUUGUUGAACAGGAUGGCUGCUGAUGACCGGCACCUGCCAUCCAGCUGUGGCUCCUAUAUUAAAACGGAGCCGUCCAGUCCCUCAUCUCUGGUGGACACUGCCAGUCACCCUAGUCCCAGUGCCCACUCUGACGCCAGCGGGGGCUACGGCAGUGCCAUCAACAGCCACUCCAACGGCCUGGACUCUCCUCCCAUGUUCACACCGGGGGGUUUGGGGGCGCCGGGCGCCUGUCGAAAACGCUACGAGGACUGCUCCAGCACGCUACUGGAGGACGCUGGGCCUAUUAAAUGCGAGUACAUGCUAAACUCCAUUCCCAAACGUCUGUGUCUGGUGUGUGGAGACAUUGCGUCGGGCUACCACUACGGCGUGGCUUCCUGUGAGGCAUGCAAGGCGUUCUUUAAGAGGACGAUACAAGGUAAUAUUGAAUACAGCUGUCCAGCCACCAAUGAAUGUGAGAUCACUAAACGGAGGCGUAAAUCAUGCCAGGCCUGCCGCUUUAUGAAAUGUCUGAAAGUGGGCAUGCUUAAGGAAGGGUUUAAACGUGUACGUCUGGACCGUGUUAGGGGAGGGAGACAGAAGUAUAAGAGAAGGAUGGAUGCUGAAAACAGUGCUUAUCUGGGCCUAACACUGCCCCCUCCAGCCAAGAAACCACUGACGAAGAUAGUAUCCCACCUGCUGGUAGCAGAGCCAGAGAAAAUCUAUGCCAUGCCUGACCCCACCAUGCCAGAGAGUGACAUCAAAGCCCUGACCACACUGUGUGACCUGGCUGACCGAGAAUUGGUGGUCAUCAUCGGCUGGGCCAAACAUAUCCCAGGUUUCUCCAGUCUGUCUCUGGGAGACCAAAUGAGUCUAUUGCAGAGUGCCUGGAUGGAGAUUCUAAUCCUGAGUAUUGUGUUCCGCUCGCUGCCCUACGAAGACGAGCUGGUGUAUGCUGAAGACUACGUCAUGGAUGAAGAGCACUCACGACUCACGGGCCUGCUCGACCUCUACGUCUCCAUCCUCCAGCUCGUCCGCAAGUACAAGAAACUCAAAGUGGAAAAAGAGGAGUUUGUCACCCUCAAGGCCAUUGCUCUGGCCAAUUCAGACUCUAUGCAUAUAGAGGAUGUGGAAGCAGUUCAGAAGCUUCAGGAUGCUCUCCACGAGGCCCUGCAGGACUAUGAGAGUGGCCAGCAUACUGAGGACCCCCGACGGGCAGGCAAGCUGCUCAUGACCCUGCCCCUCCUCCGCCAGACCGCCACCAAGGCCGUGCAACACUUUUACAGCAUCAAAGUGCAGGGCAAGGUGCCCAUGCACAAACUCUUCCUCGAAAUGCUGGAAGCCAAGGUCUGA